AUUCUGCAGCCGGAAGCGGAAGUCCCGGUCGAAAAGAUCAGCAGCUGCGGAGAACAGUGGUUGCAGGUGCCGCUCUGGUCCACGUGGGCCGCGGUGUGAGAGCACCGGGUGGGGACAGGCAGUCGCGGCUAGAGGCGCCACUGGUCGGCCGAGCGGGCCUCGGGCCAUCCGGCGAGUUAGAGUAGCGUGGACGCGCGCACUCGCUGGGACAUGGACACUCCCCCGCUGUCAGGUUCGGACUCGGAUUCUGAUGAUUCUCUGGUCACAGACCGAGAGUUGCAGGAUGCGUUUUCCCGGGGACUCCUGAAGCCAGGCCUCAAUGUCGUGCUGGAGGGGCCGAAGAAGGCUGUGAACGACGUGAGUGGCCUGAAGCAGUGUUUGGCUGAAUUCAAGCGGGAUCUGGAGUGGGUUGAAAGGCUUGAUGUGACCCUGGGUCCCGUGCCGGAAGUCAGUGGACCUCUGUCAACACCUCAGAAUAAGGAUCAGAAAGCUGUUGAUCCAGAAGAUGACUUCCAGCGGGAGAUGAGCUUCUACCGGCAGGCCCAGGCUGCAGUGUUGGCAGUAUUACCCCGCCUCCAUCAGCUCAAAGUCCCUACGAAGAGGCCCACUGACUAUUUUGCAGAGAUGGCCAAGUCUGAUCAACAGAUGCAGAAGAUUCGACAGAAGCUGCAGGCUAAACAGGCGGCCAUGGAGAAGUCUGAAAAGGCGAAGCAACUGCGGGCGCUUAGGAAAUACGGGAAGAAGGUGCAAACAGAGGUUCUUCAGAAGAGGCAGCGAGAGAAAACACAUAUGAUGAAUGCCAUUAAGAAAUAUCAGAAAGGCUUUUCUGAUAAACUGGAUUUCCUUGAGGGGGAUCAGAAGCCUGUUGCACGGAGAACGAAGGAAGGAGCAAAAGGCCAGCAGAUGAAGAAGGGGCCCAACGCUAAGCGGCGGUAUAAAAACCAGAAGUUUGGUUUUGGUGGAAAGAAGAAAGGCUCCAAGUGGAACACUCGUGAGAGCUAUGAUGAUGUAUCCAGCUUCCGGGCCAAGACAGCUCAUGGCAAGGGCCUCAAGAGACCUGGGAAGAAAGGAUCAAAUAAGAGGCCUGGGAAACGGACAAGAGAGAAAAUGAAGAGCAGAGCACACUAAACAGCAUCUUCAUACACAAAGAACCAAGAAAAGGGGUUGCAGGCUUGGGGUUUCACUAGACAGUUGUAUUUCUUCUGUUGGGAUAUUUUUGUAAAAAGUUUUUCCAAUAAACUAAACAAUUUUCAAAGAAA